GUUUCACUUCCUUGCCUGCUGGAGGCUCACAACUACAGUAGGCUUCUCUCUCACUGAAAAGCGAGAGAGUGUGAGGAGCACUGGAGCCCAGCUCUCUCUGCAUCUCCCCCAUAGCACCUGGCAGGGGCUCUGUGGACGUGAGGUGGGUGAGGAGCGCGAAUGGGCAGAGCAGAAACGCUAGAAGGGAAGAUGAGCACCCAGGAUCCCUCAGACCUGUGGAGCAGAUCGGAUGGAGACGCCGAGCUGCUCCAGGACCUGGGAUGGUAUCAUGGCAACCUCACCCGCCACGCCGCGGAAGCUCUUCUUCUCUCCAAUGGACGUGAUGGAAGCUAUCUGCUGAGGGACAGUAAUGAAAGGACUGGGCUGUACUCUCUCUCUGUGAGAGCCAAAGACUCUGUCAAACAUUUUCAUGUUGAAUAUACUGGAUAUUCAUUUAAAUUUGGCUUUAACGAAUUCUCAUCUUUGAAGGAUUUUGUCAAGCAUUUUGCAAACCAGCCUUUGAUUGGAAGUGAGACAGGCACUCUGAUUGUCCUGAAGCAUCCCUAUCCAAGGAAAGUGGAAGAGCCUUCCAUUUAUGAAUCCGUGCGGGUUCACACCGCCAUGCAGACAGGAAGAACAGAAAAUGACCUCGUGCCCACUGCUCCUUCUCUGGGCACCAAAGAAGGUUACCUCACAAAACAGGGGGGCUUGGUCAAGACAUGGAAAACAAGGUGGUUCACGUUGCACAGGAAUGAACUGAAGUAUUUCAAAGACCAAAUGUCACCAGAACCAAUUCGGAUCCUAGACUUAACAGAAUGUUCAGCUGUACAAUUCGAUUACUCACAGGAAAAAGUAAACUGUUUUUGCUUAGUAUUUCCAUUCCGGACAUUCUAUCUCUGUGCAAAGACAGGAGUAGAAGCUGAUGAGUGGAUCAAGAUAUUACGCUGGAAAUUGUCACAAAUAAGAAAACAGCUAGACCAAGGGGAUGGCACCAUCCGGUCUCGGUCGUUCGUCUUUAAAUAGACCUUUCCUGACCAGGGAUGCCCUGGUCCAGGCACAGAGUAGAAUAUUCCCUGAUGCUGUGGUCAGUAGCAGACUUCAGAGGAAAGCCGACUAAGGAAUUUCCUUUAAAAACAAAACUAAAGCUGAUGCUGACCGGGACCUCUCAGAACAUGUGACAUUUGCUGACUCACGGAAAAGCACUGCCCUUCUGAGAUGUGGCCAUCUCCCUAAGAAUUCCAAAGCAAACAUCGUUCUGAAAGAAAUGAAUUAAACCACCACUUUCAGACUUGUUCAGUGUUACAGCGUACAGUAUGUGGCCUCCAAGCUUUUGGACAUUAGUUGCCUGGAGCUCCACUCUGUUAUGGCCAAUUCAUCUAACGUCAAGGUUGUGCUAUUAGUAUACUUGAGGCUUAGACAGUUUCUUCAGAAAAUACAUUGAGAAGUAAACAUCAAAGAUUUUUUUGGGGUUGUGUUUUGCUUUUUUAUCCAUCUUACAAAAACAAAAGCAGUUUCCCAAAACUGGAAAAUGUUUGCAGUAUUUAUUUUCUCUUUUUAAGAGGCUCAGUAAUCUAGUGUGUCCUUCACUUCUAAUGAUUAGCCCAUGGGAACCACACAUAUCCAAAAGCUAUUAUGUAGGAAAAUAAAGAUAAAUGAAAGUACGAUUUUCAAAAGGUCUCUUAUAACCAUCUUGGAGGAAAUGUUUUACAGAGUGAGAAUUGAAGGGAGGGUAAUGAAGUAGUAGAUAGCUUGUAAUUUAAUAGUAAUAAUAAUAAUGUUGUUAGCUGUCCUUGAGUCUGUCUCGACUCACGGCAGCCCCAUGCACAAUGGAACUAAAUGCUGUCUGGUCUUUCACCAUCCCUAUGAUUUGCUGUGAAUUGGACCCUUGUGAUCCAUAGGGUUUUCAAUGGCUGAUUUUUGGAAGUGGAUUGCCAGGCCUUUCUUCCUAGUCUGUCUUAGUCUGGAAGCCCUGCUGAAACGUGUUCAGCAUCAUAACAACACCCAAGCCUCCACUGACAGAUGGGUGGUAGCUGUGCAUGAGGCGCAUUGGCCAGGAGUGGAACCCGGGUCUCCUGCGCAGAACGUGAGAAUUCUACUACUGAAUCUGAACCACCAGCAUUUAUCUGCAUCUGACAUUUCUCCAGACAGACUGCAAGAGACUUCUCAAGGAGAACAUGUUACACCAGUCCCUUCCCCAGAGUUACCUGUAGUGUUGGCCCAAGAAAUACAAGAAUCACCUUGCCCUGAGAUCGCUAAGCAGCCUGCACCUUGCAGAGCCACUUGUCACCAGUUGAGGGAGUAACACUAAGUAAAAUAUAUAAUAAUGUGUUACACAACAUUUUUCAAACUAGAUUGAUAUUAGGUAAACGGUGUCCAAAGCUCAUCAUUAUUCUAGCCUUUCUAUUGCCUUUAUUAAAAUGGCUUAUUUAUAUACAAGUUUGAAGAAAGACAAAGUGGAGUAAGAACUUGAAAAUAAAAAGAUUAUGGUGCAACGCUUGGAUAUAACACCAUUCUUUCAGUCCAAAGGGAUACCAUGUUAAAAUAAGUUUCUUCGGUUAUCUAAACAUCUAAUACUUAGAAAUCACAUUAAAUAUUUGCACAUUAUAAGAAAGUUUUUAAUGUAUUUUUUUGUAUUAUAUGGCAUAAAGCAAACAUCAAGUUAAAAUGCAUGGUGUCAAGUGUGCAAAGCAAGGAGUUACAAAUGAAUCCUCAUUGAGAUGUAAGAUUUUAUGUUUUUUCUUAGAACAAUGGUGUUUCCUUGUAUAGGAAAUAUUGUUUCACUUUUUGUCAAAUGUAUCAUGUUUAUUUUAUUUAUAUUCUUCAGUUCUGUUUGUUAAAAACAGCAUGAUUUUCCUGCACAUGUACUAUUUUGCUAUUAAAAUAUAUUUUAGUAUCUGUAAUUUAAAAGAAUACAACUGAUUAAUAUAAUUGCAAUGAAAAAUCUGCUUUAGUUAGAGUAUGAGACACAAAGGGUUUAAAGUUCAAUUAAUAGUCCCAGUCUUAAAGGAGUUUUUAGUAGAAAAGGAAAGAGACUACGAACAAAUGUAUGGCAAUGUAUAGAAGUAAAUACAGUAAGAGAGAGGCACACAGAGCUAUAUGACAGAAAGUGUGCUUCAGCCGGGGUUACAUCCAUUUACUGGAGAAUUUUCACGUCAACAGGAAGAGCAAAUACACAUAAGCUUGUAAUUAGUACUAGUCCAGGUGCUUUUACCUUUGCAACCUACUGGAUUCUCUCAGCACCACUGAGCAGUGGUUCUGAUUUUACCUCCUGAAGUAGCCUGGUGAAGUAGCCCUCAGCUACUCCUCCAAGUCCAAGACAAGGGAGGAGUGGGGAGUUUGGGAGAAGAGCAAGUGAGGUGUGAAAGGCCUUAUCUUUAACAGCUAUGCGCUUAUCAUAAAACCAAAUCAAAACCCACUGCUGUCGAAUCGAUACCAACUCAUAGAGACCCUACAGGACAGAGUAGAACUGCCCCAUCUGGUUUCCAAGAAGCAGCUGGUGGAUCUGCACUGCUGAUCUUUUAGUUAGUGCCAAGCUCUUAACCACUGUGCCACCAGGACUCCUUAUAAAGGAAGUAAGUACCUUUUAAGACACAGCCAAAAUGUUAGCAAUUAUUCCUCUUCUUAGAAUUCCCACCCCGCCCCCCGCCCGGGAAAUGUCUUGCCCCCAAAGAAGCACUGUUUCCUCUGGACCAGGGGAGUCACUACCAUGGUGGGAAUGGCUAUGACUACCUCUGAGGCCACUGCACAGCAGCACACUCUGUGGGGCGGGAUUCAUCUUUCCCACCACGUGACAUGCAAGAGAGUGGGCUCCUCGGGCCUUCCCACUCCCACACAGUGAGCGUGCAGGUCAGGAGUUACACUGUGUCCAUUUCAGACAGAGAGCAAGAAAAUGAUUACUUGAGGCGGAACAUUCUUCCAAGUGGCUCAAUCCUACUUUCCUCCCCCUUUGCUACUUCACAUCUGUUGCAGAAAACCCAUAUUUUCAUCAAAUUUUUUAAAUCAAAUGUAUUACGUAGCAGAGUUCCCAGCCUGAACCUUGGCUCUAUUUACCAAGGAUUCAAGCUGUCAGGCACGAUGUUGAGUAGAGUUCCUCAAACCAUCUGUUGUGAAGGACUGGAUUUUCUGAUCUUCUAGAAAGGAAUUAUUUGACAAGUAAAAAAAUACAGAUACCAUAAUCCCCAUUUUUUAUUCUUAGAUUCGACAAACAUAAAGUCACUGUCAAAUUGUUGUAAGAUUUUAAAAGCUUUUUCUCAAUUUCUGUCAUGUACUGCUAUCUCAUCACGAACUGCUGACAGUUUGCGAAAUGGUCCAGUCUGUGAACCAUAUUUUGAGUAGCACUGGUCUAGCACGUGGGCAGGUAAAAGGAAUCAUGAGAUUUCUGUCCGAAAAAUUCAUGUUAAGAAAGAGUGUUGAGGUACAAAUGUUUUAUUCAUGGAUUAUGGACGUUGCUAAGGGGAAAGGGUGAUUCUGAGCACAUCCUUGGGAGUUACUCAACCAUCCUCGGCAAAACCUAAAAAGCGAAACACUGUUUCACUACAGUCUCAAGUGGACAGACAAUGAGUGUAAACUGUAGUAUCUACAGCUGUGGAUGAAGAUGGCAUCAUCGGUUGUCAGUGUAGACUCCAGCAGCCUCUAGGCACCUGGAACCCCAGUGAGCAGCAUCAGCAAUGGCUAGGCUUUGAGAAGCAUAGCUCAUUUAGCAAGAGUAAAGGAAAUAAGCAGAUGCCAGGUGGUGUCCAAAAGCUGGUUUCAGGAGCCCAUGUGAAGGGCUUUAUGGAGACUUUCAGGAAUAUCUCAAAGGCUUUUUUGAGAGGAAAUGGAUUUUCUACAUACGAAGUACAAUUUCACAACUUAAACAUUAUCUUGAUGUUCCAAGAUGGUGGAAAACAAGGGUGACAAAUUCAUUCGUCAAGUCACAGUCUUCUUUACUGCCACAGCCAGCUAUAUUUCGAUGUACUUGUCCUAGGGAUCAUAUAUAACUGGACUGUGUGGUUUCUCUACCUUUUUUCCCCCCCCUUUUCCAUUGGAUUUCCUGCUUUCAGAUGUUUUCUUACUUGGGCAUCUUCUUAGUUGUACUUUCUGGUUAGCUCUUCCCUUCCUAUUCCCCUCCUAACAACUUUUUUGCUGGCUAUACCACUGUGUAUCCCCUGUCCCCUCUAUCCUUCAGGGGUUUUCAUCUUAGAGAAUUCCCCCAAAAGAUAAAGGGAGUUGCCAUACUUAGCCCAGCAACCUGAGAAGUGUCUGGCACAUGGUAGAUGUUCAAUUAGUAUUUGUUGAAUGGAUGAAUUUAAAAUUGUGAUGACAGCUCAGCAAUGCAUCAAAAUAAUGUAACACUUAAAAAACAAAUUUCAGAGUCCUGACAUUUUGAUAAAUAAACUAGGGCUGCUAACAUGUUAUUAGCAUAAGAUUUUACCUUUGUACUUAAUUUCCUUUAUUUUACUACAAAGGAUAUAAUGGUUCAGUUAUUGUUGUCUUUGAUCCACUUGAAAUUUUGAUAUAUGUUGUACAUUAGGGGUUUAACUUGAUUUUUUGAUGGUUAAUGUGUCAACUUGGCUAGGUUAUGUUGCUGUGUGUAUAUAUAUAUAUAUAUAUAUAUAUAUAAACUUUCUUUUUAUACAUAAACUGUAGCACAUUACGCACACUGUUCCACACCUUGCUUUUUUCGACGAACAUUAUGUCUUGACGAUUGUUCCAUUUCAGUAUUCUUUUUUCCACUUGAUAAUUGUAGUUACUUAUUUAACUAGUCCUCAAUGAUUGGGGUGACUAUAUAACCUCCCAUCUAAAGUGGGACACUUGAGAGUUAAAGGAACACUAUGAAUAAUGACUCCAGCAACAGAGGGUAUAAAAUGGUACUGUCUGAAAAACCAGCACUUAUGGUCACCCAACCUAUGGUGGAUAUUUAAAUUAUUUCCAAUGCUUUGUGGUUAAGAGUUGUAAAGAAUAUAUUUAAAAAUAUGCAACUUUGCAUGUGUCCACACGCAUCGGUGGGAUAAAUUUCUAGAAGUGGUAUUGCUGGGCCAAAAGUUAUGUGCACUUGAAAGUUUGAUCAAGAUUGCCAAAUUGCCCUAAACCAACCUACUGCUGUCAAUUCUGAUUCACAGGGACUCUGUACGACAGAGUAGAACUGCCCCAUAGGGUUUCCAAGGAACACCUGGUAGAUUCGAACUGCCAGUAUUUGAUUAGCAGUGGAACUCUUAACCACUGUGCCACCAGGGCUCCAUAUUGCCCCUAAAGCAUUUAACAAUUUGUUUCAUCAGCAGGGUAUAAAAACACUGCCCUACUUACUCAAUGAUCCUCUCCUCAUUGACUUAGGAUCUUUAUGUUUUAAGUCCUCUUAUGUAUGUACUGAAGUCUGUUUCUGGUCUAGUCUGUUCCACUCAUCUGUCUAGUUGUGCAUUUAGUUAAUUGCUUUUUAAACAUAACUAGUUUUAUAUUGUUAGCUGCCACUGAGUCAAUUUUGACUCAAAGCAACCCCAUGUGACAGUAUAGAACUGUCCCAUAGCUUUUCUUGACUGUAAGCUUUACGGAAGCAGAUUGCCAGGCCUUUCUCCCAUGGAGCCCCUGGGUGGGUUCGAAUCACCAAGCUUUCGGUUAGCAGUUGACUGCUUAACUGUUGCGCAACCAGGGCUCCUUAGUUUUAUAUUACCUUUUCAAAAAUCCCUUAGCAGUUAUCACCUGCUUAUUUCUCCAGGUGAAACGUAGAAUAAUUUAUUAUACCCUCUCCCAAAACAUGAAUUUUAAUAGUAGUAAUAUUCAUCAUGCAAAGGUCUCUCCAUUUCCUAAGAUUUCAAGGUAUACAAUUAUUAUUACAGACAUAUAAAAAUUUGGCCUCUUUAUUUCUAAAAGACCUUCUUGUUUCAUGCUCUUUUGCAUUGGCAAAAAUCUCCUGGUCUUAAGUAAUAAUCCUAACAAUGGAAAUUUUAGAUUAUAAUGGGAAUGUCUAAUGCUUCACUAUUAGGUUUCAACAAUUAACUUUAACUCCCUACAGGUAAAACGUUGUCUCGUCUCAAUUCCUUUGUAAAAGCUGUUGUUCUUGCCCAAUUUAAGUUCCCCUAUUUUGUAUUCUCAUAGCAACUCGACAGCAGUUUUUUGUUUUUUUUUUUUAAACUCUAUGUUCUAUCGCAUCCGGUGGGUAGCUUUAUCACAGCACUAUGUUCCCUUUACUGAACUGCGGGCUCUUCAAAGGAAGGUACCACAAUUUCUCAUUUUUACAUCUCUUAAAAAAAAAAGGAAAAAAUGCAGUGCCUGCCCAACUCCUUCAAUGCACAAUUCCAGGGAUACCAUUCACACACAUUUCAUGUGAAAGGCAACUCCCAGAGCAUACAGGUAUGAUUUGAAGAGAGCCCGCUUAAAAAUGUGCAACGUGGUGGCUCUGGUGCACGGCACACAGUAAGUGCUCAAUAAAUGUGUUCUAAACUACCAGUGACAAGCUCUGAUCGUCAAAGCACCUAGGAGGACAUUAACAACCUCAAAUAAUGGACUGAAUUCCUGAAUGUUACGCUCAUGGAUGAGGUGUAUUUUCUAACUGACAGUUUACGCUAGGUAAAAAAGUCUCCAAAUUAACACCGACAAGGCACACUUCCUACUUAUUCAUGUACCUGAAAAAGUAAAUUAAGUUAAUUAUGUUCUGUAAACUUUUGGAAGAAAGAAGUCCGGGGAAAAUAAAGACCUAUGUAGUGCUCAAACUAUACUUUUAAAAAUACUAUUUUAUUUAUACUCAUGUAUGAAAAAAGGCUGUAUUAUGUUUACAUACAUAUCAAUAUUGUAAACAGCCUGAUAAUGAAUCACAUCCAGAUUUUAUAAAGAACACACAAACAUUAUAACACUGAUUGACUGGUUAUAGAUAGCAGGGCGGAGGGGGCAAUCAUUAGCUAUAACUUGAAUUUUAGGUAAAGAACAGCACCCUCUGAGAAGAAUCAAUUAGUACUAGCCAUCUAUACUGUAAAAUAAUAUAUACAUAGGAGAGUUAGUGAUUGUACUGAUUUUAUUACUUUUGCUAAGCCAUUUUAUUUCCCUCACAUUCAAUGCAAAGAAAUAAAACAUAAUAUGAAGAAAAAUAUGUCCUCAUUAUUAUUCACAAUAAAAAGGGUCUGCUUCAUUUUGCAGGCCUGGCAUAUUUUACAAUAGGGAGCACUUAAUGGUUCAAGUAGAUCGAUGUACCAUUUUGAUUCUGAUCCACUGAAGAGAAUCUCAUCCCUAUUUGUUGACUGAACUAACUUAACUCCAUGGGAGCUGUGAUAGACUGAACCAUUUCUGUGGUAUUCCUAGAUCUCACUAAAUAAGAAAAGACCAUAAACAAGGAAAUAUAACAAUCAAUCUGUCCAGAAAUUAUACCUAUAGGUUCUUUCUUUAGUAUAAGAUGGAAAAGCGGAUACAAGAACUACUGUGGUCUAGAGAUUGCUGAAUUGAUAUUGUGUCUGGUAUAAUGAAGAUACACAUCGAGACCACUGGCAGAUUAUGAAACUUCCACAACUUGUCUCAAUUCUUCAAAUAAUGGUGCAAGUUCCUUUUCUAGGCUGACAAUUAGUCCUAAAACAAAGAGAUUAUCAAAAUGAGAGUUAGAAAAGUGUUCCUGAAAAACUCUUCAAAUUAAAUUCCUUCUUGUCCAAAAUUUAGUUACUAAAAAGUAUAUGAGACAGUUAUUUUCCCAUAACUAAAAAAUACUGUAAUUCUAAAAAAGUAAUCAAGUCAUAUUUAUUAUGAAAUUUAUUUUUAUCAUUAUUAGAGAGAUGAAAAGUGUGCAUUAGAAGAUACAGAAUGAAUUAUAGUCACUAUGAUUUUGUUAGUUUUGAAAAGAAAAGAAAAACCUUGAUUUAUACCUUACUGUUUCAAAAUCUGUAUUGAUUCAGAAAUACACAUGAUUUUUACUAAAGAAGGCAUACUUUUUUUUUCCUGAGCAAAUUUUAAAGAACUAUCAAAAGCUAGAAAGAUAGACUGCUUUGAUUUUGAACACAAGAAUAAUCAGAAAUUUAUUAUACCAAUUCAACAAAGACAAGGCAUAAAUGGGUAUUUUAAAUGCAAAAAAAUAACUUUAAAGAUGAAUGGUAGGAGCAUAAGGAAGACAAAUAAUUUUUUAAAUCAGAAGAUCUAGCUUCUCUUUACCAGAGUGAAAGGCUAUAUACAUCUUAGUGCCUUGCUUCAUGCCCAAACAAAUGAAGAUUCUUCUGUCUCACAGGAAAAUACUAAAAGUGCCUGGCAUUCUCAGGGCCAGUUCUAAAUACAACACUAAAAUAUCAUUCUAUAUAUAUCACAAUUUCUAACAAUUGACAACCUAGAAUGUUCAGUGAUUUAGCACAACUGAAUUUUAAUACACUUACAUAAAAAUGUCACCACCACCGCUAUCCUAUGUAAUUUACAAAGUGUUUUCACAUACAGUAUUUUAGAUAUUCAAAAAGUUUGAAAAUGGAAGAGAACAGGUCAUCACAUCAAAUCUAAACUCAUUUUAAAGAUGAGGAAUCAGAGGACAGGCUUCAGUGAUCUAGCUAGGAUUAGAACUCUUCAAACUGCUUGGAAAGAAAAAAAAAGGUGUCACAAUUCUAAAUAGCUGUCAAAUCUUAGGAGUUAACAUA